CUCCAGGUGACCACCAGGGGGCGUCUGUAAGGUCGAGCCGCUCCCCAUUCCUCAACAGGUACAGGAGGAGCAGGAGGAGGAGGAGGAGGAGAAGGGAUUCUCCUGGACACGGAAUGGCUCGCAGUGAUUGACGGCUGAACCAUGGAGAUCCAGGAGAGGCUGUCCUCAUGCUGGCAAAGCUUUUUGUCAUUUUUCACAAAGCCAAAUGAAACCGAGAGAGAGGACACACCUGACAACACCACCUGCACCGCCACGGUGAUGGAGAACCCGGGGGUCCAUCAGAAGAAGGAGUCGUUGUUCCACAGGAGGCCUCCUCUGCCGUCGGAGCAGGCCGGGCUGUUCUUCGUGGCCCAGUACGACUACUCCGCACGCACCGAGGAGGACCUGAGCUUCAGCGCCGGAGACACGCUGCAGGCUCUGGAUAAGAGCCAUGGGGACUGGUGGUUUGCCAAAGCUCUGUCCGGGGUGUCUGCGUCCAAACAGGGCUACAUCCCGGCCAACUACGUGGCCCCCGUGGAGAGCAUCGACGCAGAGGCAUGGUAUUUUCCCGACACAAAGAGGCUGGAUGCAGAGAAGAUGCUGUUGGCAGGAGGGAAUCAGCAUGGCGCCUUCCUCAUCAGAAACUGUGAAAGUCAGAAAGGGGAACGCUCCCUCUCAGUGCUGGACAAUGGGAAGGUGAAGCAUUACAAGCUGAGAAAACUGGAGAAUGGUCACUACUACGUGUCGAGGAGCAGAUCCUUUCAAACGCUGGAGGAGUUAGUGGAGCAUUACUCCAUGCAGGCCGAUGGCCUCUGUGUGCGCCUUGGAGAACCAUGCAAAAAUAUGGAGGCUCCACAGACCCAUGGCCUGUCCUACAAAACGGUGGACCAAUGGGAGAUUGAGCGCAGCUCCAUCAAGAUGCUAAAGAAGCUCGGAGCCGGACAGUUCGGAGAAGUUUUCGAGGGACUGUGGAACGACACCACAGCAGUCGCAGUGAAGACCCUCAAACCUGGUACAAUGGACGCGGAAGACUUCCUGAGAGAGGCUCAGAUCAUGAAGAGGCUGCGGCAUCCCAAGCUGAUCCAGCUGUAUGCUGUGUGCACCAUGAAGGAGCCCAUCUACAUCAUCACAGAGCUGAUGAAAAAUGGCAGCCUGCUGGAGUACCUCAACAAGGAUAGGGGCAAUAAGCUGGGUAUCUCUGACCAAAUUGAGAUGGCUGCCCAGGUGGCAUCGGGCAUGGCUUUCCUGGAGUUACAGAACUACAUCCACAGAGACCUGGCAGCCAGGAACGUCCUUGUGGGCGAUAACAACAUCUGCAAAGUGGCUGACUUUGGCCUCGCCAGGGUCUUCAUGAAAGAGGAUGAAAAUGUGUAUGAGGCCAAAGAAGGAACUAAAUUCCCCGUUAAGUGGACGGCGCCAGAGGCCAUCCACGACAACAAGUUCAGCAUCAAAUCGGACGUUUGGUCUUUUGGAAUUCUGCUAUAUGAGAUCAUGACGUUUGGACAGAUGCCUUACCCAGCCAUGUCGAACUACCAGGUUGUCCAGAAGCUCCCCACGGGCUACAGGAUGCCGUGCCCCCCCAACUGUCCCAAAAUCAUGUAUGACAUUAUGAUGGACUGCUGGAAGGAGAACGAACAGGACCGCCCCACAUUCGAGACCCUGAAGUGGAAGCUGGAGGACUUCUUCGACAUGGACGUGACCUCCUACGAUGACGCCGGCCGUUACUAGCACACCGACGAGGCUGGGACGCACGUAAAGAAAGAGAUAACAAAAAAAACAUUCUGCACCGAAGCUAAAUCGAAAUCACCUGUAUCCAAACUUCAACAUACGUCGAUGUUUUUAUGAAAUAACAGAUUGAAUUGUGAUUUAAAUUCAACUCCUUUGCGGUGAAAUGAAGGAUCUAAAAUGUUUGAUCUGUGUGUGAUAGAAUGGUGGGGCUGUACCUGACAUGCAGUGAGGAAGCUUUGACUGCAGCAACACUCCUAGGUUUGGCCUUCUUUGACAACUGAAUGCACUUUCAGACAGGCCGUGUACUUGUCUAGCCUAACUAUUUAAAGCACACUCGAUUGGAAGAGGCCUUUUACAGCAGAGACAGAAAGCUGCUAUCGGCCCAUCUCGACGGACCGGUUCUUCUCGCACUCGGCAUAGUGCGCAUUCUUUCCACUGUCCACCUGCCGAGCUAUUACCGGCAGGUACCUGAGAGGAGCCGUGAGUCAUGUUUGCUCGAUCUGUUUGGCUUUGUGUCCUGUGACACAGGGUGUGGCAUGUGCUGAUCAUUACUGAUUUCCUAUGAAGAUUCCAGAAGCGAUUUAACCUUAUUAAAAGGUAGGAAACUGUGUCUGUGACCAGCAGUCAGAGCUGCCCAUUUAAAUCAAAGAACAAUAAGAUUAUCUCCUAAUUUACAAAGUGCUCGCGUACAUACUAUUUCACUCAAGAGUUAAGUACACGCCCUCCAUUAAACGAUCAAAUUGUUUCACUUCAGGUUCCUUGUGCCACUCUAAUAACUGCCAUAAGAAAGAUUAAAAAAACAAACAAGAUACAGUGAGGUUUGAACAGAGCCCUGCAGGUGUCCUGGAGGAAAAACUAAUUCAUGGGCGCACAUUUAAAUAAUACUUAAAUACAAAUGUCUGGAAACUUAAAUGAAAUUAUACUUUUUAUUUAAACUCGUAUUUAAAAUGUAUAUUUUUUUCUGGGCUGCUUUAGGGUGGUGCACAUCAUAUUGAAGUUAAUGUGGAGAAGGUACUAGCAAUUAUUUACACAGCUUAUUUACACAUCCAGCAGACGCAGAGCAUUGGUAGCAUUAAUUUCUCUUAUUUCCGGCCUCCUCAUGAAUCAAAGUCCAAUAUUCCCUCUCUUUUAGCAUUGUUUUUGGUCUCCACAAGCUCCCAACAAAAAUGUGUAGCUCUUCAGCUGAUAGAUUCGCCACUAUGACCACCAGCUAGUUGCUAACUUUACUGCUGGUUGUACGCUACCCGCUCGGCACCAGUCCGUUUAUCAGAGCUUUUUGAUUUCUUUGCUGGAUGGAGAUUUUUUUUUUGCCCAUUAAAACUUUGUAUUUUUGAAAAUGACAACCCUUUAACGUGUGUUAAAGAUUGUUUAAUGUUCUGUUAAACUGUGUGCAAAAAUUAAGUAUUUCAAGAGCACAAAUGAUUAUUUUGUGUGCACACAGGAAUUUGUUAUUGUCAUUUAAGCCUGCCGGCCCAUUUUUUUUAAUUGUAGGUCCCCAAAAUGCAUCAAGUCUGCCCCUGGUGGCUACAUUGUAUCACUAUACCCACACAUCUGAGUUGUACCUGUCCCUUUCUGCUCUCAUAAUGGGGUAUAUUAAUUGUAUGCAUUUUUUGUAAGUCUUACACAUGGAGGACCUACAGUAUAAUUGCUCAAUGACUGAACCAUGUGAAACUGGACUAAAUCCGUUCUUUUUAAUGAUGUUUUGGUAAACACUGUAGAGCUGCUCUCAGAUCUGUGGCAGUGUUCUUUCUGACCAUUACUAACUACGGCAACGAAGCGAUUGGACCUAAUGGAACGCAUUACACAUACUUAAGUCUUUGAACAUGGUGGAUUAUCUCAUGCUCUGAUGAUUGUAUAUAAUGUUUUUAGUGUCAUGAACAAAAUUAUUGUUAAUUGUACAUUUUAACCAUGACGGUGUUUAUAUAAUCCUACUGUAUUUUAUCAAAAUGAUCCUUUGUAAAUGGCAUAAUUAAAUGAUUUGUAUUUACUUCA